AUGCAGUGUGCCCUGGUGUGGGAGAAAGAUCAGCCAUGGGCGGGCUUCCCGGAGGAAGCCAACCCCCGGGGGGGCCGGCGAUGGUCGCGCAUCACGUGCAGGGGGGGGUCCCCGGGCAGCCCCAGGGACACCCCCGGCCCGCAGCAGGCAGUGUCACGUGAGGAACCGGGCUCCGGGGUCACGUGCCGGGGGGGGUUCGGGGGCGGCGGGCGUCCGGGCCCCGCCCGCUGGGCACGCGGGGAGCGGGCCAGGCCUUACGGGUCGCAGCGGGCCGGAGCCGCGGAGGGGGGCGGGGGCGGUGGCGGCGGCGGGGGCGGAGGGGGCGGCCCCGCGGCCCCGCGUCCGCGUCACGUGGUGCGAGGCGGGCAGCCAUCUUGCUACAAACACAAACAGAGAGGAGCGGCCGCCGCGGGAGCGCCAGCGCCCCCUCCCCCGCCGCCGCCGCCCCCCGGCCCGCCGCGCGUCGCCAACGCCCCGGGACCGGAGCCUCGCGCAGCCCGCCAGCCGCGGCCCGCCCCCGACGCCGAGGCGGCCGCGCCGAGCCUGCGAGAGGCUGAGCGGGAGCGCGGGCCGCCGGCACGGACCCUCCCCCGCCUCCUCCCGAGGCCGCCGCCCCCGGGUGCGCCCGCCCUCCGGCCCUCCCCGCCGGACCCUCCCCCCGCGCGGGCCGGGCCCCCCGCGCCGCCCCGGGAGAGGCCGGCUCGCUCCCGGGGGGCGGCCGCCCGCGCCCCACGCACCUGGCGCCCCCUCCCUGAAGGGCACGCCGUCCUCCCCGGCCGGGCCGCCUCCUUCCCACCCCCGCGCUCCUAA